CUAGUGGCUGCACAGAUUUAUAUACAGACAUACUCGCCCCCACAACAAUACUCAAAUACAUCACAUUAACAGACAAAUAUACAGAAGUGGGCAAAAAUACCUCCCCGCACAUUCACAGAACAGACUCAACAGUCACAAAGACACCCAGGAGUUCCUUUUCCAUCCCCAUAGGAGUCAGUCCUGGUCCUCCCCCAUCUAGAUCUGCCCUCCACUUGAACCCAGUCUCGGGACUGGGGGAGUAGGGGUCUGCAGCCCGGACCGAGAAAGGGUCGCUGGCCCACAGGCCUCAGGCAGCGCCUUCAGCUAUGUCUGCAAUUUCCUCUCCCCCUUCCCUCCUCCUCUCUAAGGCUCCCGCCAAGACGGCCUCCCCCUCAUCCUAGCUCCAACAAGGGAGGGGAGGCCCAUGAUGGGGGGCCCCGGGGAGACAGGGCAGAAAGAAGCCCCCAACCACACACACUGAUCACACACCACAUUGGAUGCACAAGCCCAGGUGGGAAAUGCGUGUGUGAGCACAGGUAGGUUUAGCCUUGGGGUGGGGGCGGGAUGGGGUGGGAUCUGCCACAAGCCGCCACAAGCUGCUUGGUGCACAAGAGCGCAGGAGCUUGCAGGCACAGAGGCCCCACGCUGGGGACUGCGAGGCUGCUGGACGGUGCCUGGCUCAAAGCUGGAGUCUAACAAUCAUUAACCCUGCGUGACCAGACCAGAGCUCGGCCAGGGGGCACAUUCAAGCCUGGGCCCAGGGAGGAGGGAUGGACAGUCCCCUCCCUUCCAGACCGGCAUGGGUCUAGGGAAGAGAAGCAGCGCCUUCCCUGGAUGGGGCCUCCUAGGAGGGGGAGCGGUGGUUUCGAGCUCAGGCUUCAGGGUUAGAGAACAGCAGGUUCAAAUCCCGACAGUUUUUGUAAAGUCAAUUCAAUCUCUCCAAGACUCCGUUUAUAUUAUCUGCGAAGUGGAGAUAAUGGUACCACGUCGCAGGGUUGUCAGCCGGAGUAAGUCAAAGAGCCUGUCCAGGGUUUAGCCCUUGGUCCGCACGCAGGUAGAGCUCCAUCCUCACUGUUGUUGUUAGUGGCCUGGGGGCGGGUCCCUGCCGCGGCCUCCCCGGCGGUUUCCUGUGGGGGACGGACGGCCCGCGGGCCGGGAUCUCCCUCCUCCCGGCUGCCCGCUCCUCUCCCCUUCCUCUCCCAGCCCUUUUCCUCCCCGCCUCCCCGCCCGCCCCGCCCCGCCCCGUCCCUCCUCUUUCCUCGGAGGAAACUUUCCGCCGGCUGGUCCCUCCGCCCGUGUCCCGCCCGCGCUGCCGUGGUCUGGGAGCCCAGCGGGGCCGGAGGGGCGGCGGGACCGGAGCGGGCGGGGGCGGCCGGGCCCAGUGUAUGCGACCGCGGGUCGCGCCGGGGCCGGGCAACAGGGAAGCGGGGCGCUGACGGCUGGCAGGGGAGCUACCCCCCAGAGCAGCAUGGAUGCCCCGCGAAGGGACAUGGAGUUGCUCAGCAACAGCCUGGCUGCCUACGCGCACAUCCGCGCCAACCCCGAGAGCUUCGGUCUCUACUUCGUGCUGGGCGUCUGCUUCGGCCUGCUGCUCACCCUCUGCCUGCUCGUCAUCAGCAUCUCGUGGGCGCCCCGCCCGCGGCCCAGGGGCCCGGCUCAGCGCCGGGACCCCCGCAGCAGCACCCUGGAGCCUGAGGACGACGACGAGGACGAGGAGGACACGGUGACGCGGCUGGGCCCCGACGACACGCUGCCGGGCCCCGAGCUGUCCGCGGAGCCCGACGGGCCCCUCAGUGUCAACGUCUUCACAUCGGCGGAGGAGCUGGAACGGGCGCAGCGGCUGGAGGAGCGUGAGAGGAUCCUGCGGGAGAUCUGGCGCACCGGGCAGCCAGACCUGCUGGGCACAGGCACGCUGGGGCCCAGCCCCACGGCCACGGGCGCAGGCACCCUGGGCCGCAUGCACUAUUACUGAUGGGCCCCGGCUCCCGCUGCAAGGCGCUCGGGGUGCCGGACCUGCACAUGAGCCCAGACCUCCUCCGGACCUUCGGACUGCCUCGGCCCCCACGGCUCCCAGGUGCUACUGGGCGUGGACCGCCAGCCCCCGCGAGGCUCCCUUCCCCAGUCCUGCCAGAAGACCCCGGGGGCGGGGAGGGGGCAGGAUGCAGGGUCCCCACUCCCUCUCUGGGGGUGAUGAAGAGGUGAAGUGACCAAAUGAAAGAAAGCUGCAUUCUCAGUGA